AAAAGUCUUUACCUACAAGGGCUAGAGGGACGUUGCUAGGAACUCACGCCUGUGCCGAGCUCUCCAACUUUUUCCUCCCCAACACUAAUCUGACAGGUUCAAUGAGGUUCAACAUAGAAGCCCACCUACCCUUGAUGCAUCGACUUCUAGAGAAUAAGAACGCGGAAUCACUGCUACAGCUCCAGACCAGCAAAACCAUGGAAAUGGUAGAAAUAGUACCAAGGGGAGAAGGGAUAGGGAAUAAACAUCUCGGUAAUUCAUGCUGACUGUGGAGCUAGGACCCGUUAAAGAAGGUCGAAGAUCUUACAGCAAAGCAGAUUGGGCGAGAUGGUCGCAAUAAUAUCGAGGGCGUCCAGUCCUAUAUUGCAGGCCAUACUGGAAUCCAUCAAAUAUAAUGACUGAGCGGGACACAGAUACAGUGAUCAAGC